CCCGUUUGGAUCAGCUGGCUGCGCCUCUUCAGCUUGUUGCCACAAUAUGCAACCUGAGGCUCGCCGGCGUGGAAAUGACGUGUGACUCCGCAAGUUUUGGCGAGCCCAUAAAGGAUGGACUGUCCUCUCACAGCCGCACUUUGACGAGAGAAAGAGCGACUCUCUCAUCAGAGAGUGAGUGGGACCACAAGUGACCGGUGAGACACAGAUGCAUACCAGUCCCUCGGUUUGGAGGAGCAAAACAACAAAACCGUGACACUUUCAUCCACCAGAGGCAAACAUUUGGAGGACGAAAUAAGCGACCACCCUCUCUCUAUCUCCAUCUGUGAAAACGGAGCCACUCAGGGGACAUACAAAUGUGAGCGACGCGCACGGAUAAGACUCAGGUGCAGAGAAACCAAACUGGCGGCGCACUUAGGAUGCAGAAGUCACCAGUGGAAGAUGCGAACUUCCUCUCCAAAUUUUUCUUCUGGUAGGACAUGUCUUUUCUUCUCUGAGUAGUCUUUCAUUUGAAGGUGCUUGUGUUGCCUCCAGAUUGCAAGGUGCAGGCGCAGCUCUCAUUCCCUUGCAAGAUCAUUUGAGGGCAGAUCAUCUUCCUAUUUGACCUCACCGCUUUAGGGUGAUAUUUUUAGUGAUCAACAUGUGCUUUUCUCGCUCUGAUCUUCGAGAAAAUGUUUUUUUUGUGAGCACCAUGAGAUAGGCAAGGAGAUUGUAGUGAAAUCAAAGAGAGAUUUAGUUCUCAAACGAGCUGUAAGAGAUCAUAAAAACUUUGGAUAUAAAGUUCAGAUGAGAUUCAGCGCAAGAAGUGCAGAGUGAAGCCGGUGCUGCUGGAGCUAUACUGCGUGCGUAAAAUGCGCACUUGGCUGUUUGAAACUGUGCGCGAAAUGUGAUGAAUGUUGAGUUGAGGUGACUUCUAGAACUUGCUGUGAGGUGGACUGAGGACGCUCUUGAAAGUCAUGCAAUUUUUUAAAGAGUAUGGCAUUUCAAGUAGGCUACAACAUUUUGUUAAUGUUUGCCUAUCAAACAAAACCAGGCAAAACCAAGCAACCGACAUAGAUGCCUUUUCAUCAUCAUUAUUUUUACCUUAUAGAUUCCUGUCAUUUUAACUGUAACAGUAAUAAUCAAAUCUCAACCUUUUUGCUCAUAAAAUCAAAAAUUCAAACCUUUUCUUAAAAUACAUAAACAAACAAAAGAUUUAUUUUUGAUACCUGGCACUUCUACUGAUCGUCACACUGCAGGGUAAACUGAGACUGGGAUCAGGAUGUUGCAGCUUAUUUCUUGAUGUUUUGACCUUUUCUGGUCUUUUAAAAUUGGUCCCCCACUGUUUUUAUUUAUCCAUAUACAUGUACAGAAAAAGUCAAACUUUUCUUUUCUUUAAAUUUUCAAUGUCUGACAUGGAAAUUUCAUUCUUGACAUUUCAACAUCAUUCUACGAUGUCUUGAUCUUAAUAUUAUGACUUUUUCUUGACCCUAUGUUCUGAUUUGUUUUCAUUUGCCUUCAUGUUUCUGUACAGCUGGUUAUUUAUAUGGGUGUUAUAGCGUAACCAUGGUGAUCAUAAACCUAUGAUAUUUGCAAGAUUAUUCUUUACGGUGUAGUUUGGCAGGGUAUUGCAUCACAGUGGUUUAUAGCCUUCAGCCUGCAUAAUUUCACUAACACUUGAUAUUCUUAACCAAAAUGAAAAAUCUCUCUCUAUUCUGCAUUAGUGCUCUCGUCUCACACUAAUUAGAGGUCCUGAGCUUUAAUUAUAAAGAAAUAGGCAGAUGAUGUAAACUUCUGUUUGUCACCCAGCUGGGAUGGUCCUACUCUCUAUGUAGUCACACAUAGAAAAAGAAAACAUCUGACUUGAUGUAUCUACCCCGUCAUUAGUCUGACUGUGACACCUUAGAGAUCAUCUGUUGUACAACAACUCACAUGAGUUUAUAUUAGAGGCUCUUGACUCGUCAAUGUUUCAUUUUAUGCCACAGUGUUUAUCCUCUUAGUACACAAUAAUGUAUAAAGUAUCUCAUGCAGUAAGUGCGUAUUUGGUAUAGUUCAUUUCUGGUGUUUCAAUGGUCUUUGAAUCUACUGUAUGUGAAUUAGCACAAAGAGAUUUCAGUGGCAGAGUUUGGACUUGUUGGACUCCUCCUGUCCUCACAUUUAUUCUGUGCGCUUCAAACACCUGUUACCCAUCUCUCAGUCUGAUCUUUAUUCUUUGCAGGUGGACAUCACCGCUGCUGAGGAAGGGCUUCAGAAAGAAGCUACAGCUCUCAGAUGUAUAUAAGGCUCCAGCUAAUGAUUUGGCGGACAACCUCUCAGAGAGGCUCGAAAGGUUUGUCCAGAUUAAAUUUACCACCAUGACUUAUGCAAAUGUUGUUUUUGUAGUCUUUAUAUCCCAGCAGCACACUGUUUACUGACUGUCAUACGCAAGUCCAGGUUUUGUGAGAUCUGGAAUUUGCCAGGUUAAGAGUGUGGAUGACUGCUUGUUCCUACGGACACUAAAAUAUCAGACUCCACCAUCAUGUGGAAGUGAUUCAGAUAUCAACAAAGGACUGUCACAUGUUUCACUGUGGGAUUAUACAGAGUUUGGUACAAGUGAGGUAAUUAUUUUGUUAAUUUUAGUCAAUAAUAUAGGUAACAGGUUGAGAAAAAUUAAGAGAUUGUCCAUUAUUUUUUAUUUAUUCAAGUGAUUAUCUGAUCAGGAUGUUGCAAACUCUACAGUCCAACUUCUUCCUGUUAAAAACUGUGGCAACUGAUGUUUACAUAAAGAUAUUUUAGCUGUCACUAGUUUCUUAGUCUUUUCCCUCAUAAGGGUUUUUGUAAAUAAAAAGGGACUUCAAGAUUACACACAAUAACAUAAAAAAUUGUGGGAUUAACCUCUCAGCACAGUGAAUAGUUUAAUCUACGAAUCAUGUCUCUGCAGUACAAGUUCAAGACCAUUUUUAGGACCUGGAUGUAAGAUAUACAGGGAAAUGCGUUAAGUCGCCACAUGUCCAAAACAAGAGACUUAUCUGUUAUUACAAACUAAAGGAUAAAAAAAGAAAACAUGUUGGAGGAUGAAUUGGCUGAAAAACAGUUACCUAUAAGCCUGCAUCCUCGAUGUUUUUCAUCUCUGCCCUUUCCAUGUGUUUACAGUUGCAAUCCUUCCCUCAGACUAAAGUUAAAAUAUGGGCUGGCAUUUAAAUGAGGCUUUACAUAAACCAAGUGUGUGUGGAAAACAAACAUUGACAAGGUUAACUCUUUUCUCCCUGAUUUUAUUUUUCUUAUCUCCCAUGGCUCAUCUUUCUCUACUCCUUUUCCUUAGACUUACUUUCCGUCCACAGAUUAAACAAACCUCAGACUGGCUGUACUGUUUUCUUUUAUCGCCCUCUUUUCUCUUCUCUUUUUGUCUUUUCAGUUUCUACCUCUACCACUGUACACCCUGUUAACUAAAUCAGUUUUAAUUGAUCAAGAAGUCAAUAAAAAUUCCCCAAAAGCCUUAAAGCUCCAGUGAGGAACUUUUUGCUACGCCUUACAAAUUUUCUGAUCUUGCCCUGCACAUGUGUAAGACAAGUUUUGUCACAGAAAAAUUUGAGUCUUUCUUCAUUUUUAUUGUGCAAAACAAAAACUAGUACAUCACUUCUUGUGCAAAAAUAAAAUUCUCAGGAACUAAUCUGUUUUUAACUUUAAAUUUUCACUAAGUCAGGUAGUCUUUACAGGAGCUUUAACGGUACAUGAUGUGAGUUUAUAUUUAACCAUAAGCCUUGGAAAUCUCAAGCUAAGGAGUGCAUGAUGUGAUUAUUCUUUUAAAUAUAAAUAAACAUGUUUUUUCUUUUCCCAAUUCUUUCUUCUUCUUCUGCUUUUCUCGGCACAUUGUAUUUAAAUUUUUGCAUUUACACUCUCCUCUUUCUCCUUUUCUCAAUCAUUAAGUUCCCAUCUCUUAUAAAGCUCUUUCUUGUUUUCCUGUCCUCCAACUUCUCAUUUACCGUUGAGCAAAUGCCAAAUCCUUGACAAUUUUUUUGUUUUUGUACAAGCAGAAAAGAUUUAACCAUUGAGCCCAAGAUUAAAUACUCAUCCGUCUUGUGUCUUUUAUUUUUUAACUUUGCGUAACACACAGCCGUGCCCCGCAUUCGCCUCGACUCUUGGUAACCCAGGGGCCCGCAUUGCUCUGAAUGGUGCCAACAAGCCAGUUAAUGUACACGGGUGUAAAAAGUCGACCUUUAGAAAGGGCCCUCUGCCCGUCGGGUGAUGAAUGAGCCAUGGUGGUUGAUUUUACUUUUCUUUAUUCCAAUCAGGCAAACAGUGAAGGCUUCUGGGAAUGUGAACUUUACCUUCCAUUAAAGCAUGCUGUGUACGGUCAGCCCCUUCAUCACCCACCAACUCAGGUCAUUUUGGUUCACUGGGCUUUUCUCAUUUCCCAGAAAAACAGUACAAGAAAAUAAAUACUCAAUGCAUACUUUGGAUUAUAAAGGGAGGACUUUGGGGACUCCUGAAGGAAAACAAAAGGGGCGGACAUAUUAUUUUAACUGUUUGGUUGACAAAUCGACAUUAAAGAUAUCUGUUCUGGUGUCGACAUGACGGACCAAUUUAGUGCAACCUUACCAUGAUAUCACUUAGCCUUUAAAUCCAAGUGUUUGCUCUUGAUUGUUGGUAUAGAAGUAUUUUUCUAAUCCAUAAAUUAUAAGGAUAUCAAUACAGUGACAGUAAAGGCAUUAGAGUCAGUCUUACUCAGUUUUUAACCCUUUUCAUUCUAAUUGGUCCCCUUGCUUUUUUCUCUUUCUUCACUCAUCCUUCUUUAUCUCCCCAUUUUACUCUCCCAUCACUCACCAGAGAGCUGGUCAGCCAAAUCGCCCAGGUUAUAAAUGACCCUCGAAGAACAAUGCAGCUACUUACAGUGGCUGUAACUGCUCACAGGAGCACUUUGGGGAAGUUGAUCCAACAGUGUUAUCAUCAGGGUAGCAAACUCGGAAACUUCAACAGUGAAUAUCUCAUCCCAAAGUUGAGAAUUAAAAAAAAAACCCGGAGGAACACUAUCCAAUUUAUAAGCCAAUUUGCAGCAGAUUAAUUAUGUUACUAGGUAUAAAUAAAGGCAUUACAGUACAAAAGAGUACUCUGACCAUGAGAAGAGAAAAAAUUAUUACAGGAGAUUUUUUUUUGAUUUCCAUUUCCAGGUUAAAGUCGAAAUUUCAAGAUUUAAGUCGAAAUUGAAAAAAGUCGAUAUAGAAAAAAUAGACAUUUCGAGAUAAAAAAUUUGAAACUACAUGAAUAAAGUCAGAAUUUCAAUUUAAAUCUCAAAAUUUGUGUUUUUUUUAAAUCUCGAAAUUUCUUUCACAUUUUGACAUUUUGUUAUCUUGAAAUUUCAACUUUAAUCUCAAGAUUUAAAUUUUUAAUCUAGAAUUUUCAACUAUAUUGACAUAAUUUCAAUUUUUUUAAUCUCAAAAUUUUGACUUUAACCUCGAAAUUUUAACUUUUAUCUUCUUCCUGUCAUUGAUUUUUUUCUCUUCAUGUGGCUCUAAUCCUCUUUCGUGAUUACAGAGAGGCUGAGUCUGAAAAGGAUGGGAAUGGGUUCACUACUCUGUGAGAGACUGUGUGAACGAAUAGUUCAACAGUUUCAGAACAUGAUAUUAUUAAAAGAUGGAGCAAAUGUGGAAAACUCUGAACUCUGUAGUGGAAACUACUGCAUGGACUCCGGAUUAUUUCUAAAACCAUUUACUGUCCUGCCCUCAGUCCAAGCUUGGGAACAUUCGGUGCAUCAUGAAAUGAAAAACACAACCAAGGUGACGCCAAACUGAUGAGCAGCUGAAACUGUAACUGAAUAACAGACAAAAGUUUGAAUAAGACUGUGAAAACUUGACAGCCAGACUAAUAGUAAACAAACAUGGCAGCCAAACUUUGCUGACAUUUGCUCGGGUAUGUUCGUCCAUCCUGCCUGCACUGCUGUUUACUGUGUCGUAACUCUGGUGUCGUCUCUGCAGAGAAUGGGACAGAGAAGUGGUGUCAGCCAAGAAGCAGCCCAAGCUGAUGAGAGCGCUGGCCCGCUGUUUCCUCGGCCCUUUCGCUUUCUUUGGCGUCCUCCUCUACCUCGGGGUGAGUCUACCUGCUUGUCAACCCAGAAAGUAUUUAGUUAAUACCAUAAACUUCAUAUGAUGAAGAAACAAACAAACAACAAACAACAACAAAAAAAAACAGUGUAUACAUGUGUACAUGUGUAAGAAUGGUGAGGGUCUAUUGUAUAGAGUGCAGAGCUGAAGUGGGAUGACGCACAAAAAUCCCUGGCAUGUCGCAGCAUAGUGUCAGAAAACCACCUCACUGUCCAAGACUUAUGGGACUGUGGUGACAACAGCCAUUGCGUCAGUUGGUACAGUUUGAGGUGGUUGCCAUGGCGACAAGAAUGCCUGUUAGAUGUUAAAGAGUUUGAGUGGGGAAUACACAGAAGUGUGGAGAGGUUUGUCAGACUCAGUAGAUUUUGCUCAGUAGUUUGUUUUACCUUGUCAGUGAUGUAUUUUUUUGUUUUGACAGCUGUAAGAAGAGCUGGCAAUAGAUUAAUCUAGAGGUGUAAGUUCUGUGCCAUGUGAUUGUGUGCUAAACAAACGAGGGCCCUUCAGAGCUAAGUGUAUGCAGCUGCAGAGACCCAUGAUAAAGAAACUAGAGCGAUUAGAUAAAAACAUCAAAUAACAUUUUUCUUAUAAAAAGGGGCCCCUAUUAUCAGCCCUUUUGAGAGUUUAACAUGAAGCAUCAUGGGUCAGAAGAGUAAACUCACAAAAAUCUAACAAAUGAAUUACUACUUUUAGACCAUUCUUCUCUAUUUAUUUUCCUAGGAUGAAUAUUGAGCAGAAAAUCAAACAGACUGAAAACCAAAAAGUGACAUUAGCAGCGUCUUUUGGAAUUUCAAUCUGUGGGACUAAUAAAGGAAUAUCUAAUCUUAUCUUUAAAGGUCCUGGGGGGAACUUUCAGUUUGUGCCAGUUUUGGUAUCCCUGUAGACAAAGCAGUCUUUGAUUGUGGAAGAUUCUUUCUCUUUGAUUCUUUGAAGAUGCUAUCCUACAUCUCCGACGUAGGAUAGCAUCUUAAAGGGACAUGAGACCAUAGCCUACCUACACACAUCCAAAACAACUUUUAUUUAUUUGUUUUUUGACACCAAAUAUACCGAUAUGGGCAAAUGAUGUGGUUUAUUGUCGUAAAUUUCAGGAUCUGUAAAUUUUCGGUUUAUCGCCCAGCCCUACUUUCAACAGUCAAAUGUAUAAUUCAUUGGGACUUAUCUUUGUGGACACAGGGGUGUUUCUUAGGCUAUUACCCCGACACCUAACAUCCUGAGCUGAUUUCAGUAUUCUAGACAAAAAUCACCAGACUUGUCACUUAUGAUCUUGUUUGCUUUUGGAUGUCAUAAAAAUGCAUCAGUAAGAAUUUCAUUCAAUUUCACAUAGAUGAAUAAAAAAAAUAAUCAUAGGAGCUCUAAUAGGACACCUUUGUUAGCUGGUAGUCUCCACAACUUGUGAAUCAGUUAAUUUCUUAAUUUUGUCUUUUUUCUUGUCCACUAAAUCAUGUGUUUAUGGUUUACAGAAUAUCAUGAUGAAUAUCAAACAAACAGGUUUGUGCUGCCAGUGGGAAUUUCUCAAUAUCUGUAAAUCUAUUGGAUGGUGUGGAGCUAAUAGAUUAUAUUUCUCAAGUAAUUCAUAAACUAUGGGUCAACUUUUACAGGCUCAAAAAGCACAUUACUGUUUCUCAGCCACAAAGAAGUAAAUAAAAGUUGGAUGUUAAUCUAAGAGUGAAGUGAAUCUCUUCUUUGUCUCUCCAUCUCUCUGAGUAGGAGGCCUCAAAGACGGUACAGCCUCAGCUCCUGGGUCGCAUCAUCGCUUCCUUCGACCCUUUCCAUGCUCCAGAGCGGAGCCAGGGAUACUUCCUGGCCCUGGGCCUCUGCCUCCUCUUCACUGCCCGCUUCCUCUUGCUGCAACCUGCCAUCUUCGGCCUGCAUCACCUGGGCAUGCAGAUCCGCAUCGCGCUUUUCAGUCUUAUAUACAAGAAGGUAGGAAACAAAAAAGCUGAAACAGGGAAGUUUUCUCCAAGUUGAGACUCUUUCACUGCCUUCUUUCCUCGUGUUAAAUCACCAUAGGAAAUAUGAUAUCUUUUUGAAUCGUACUGCACCAUAAUAAAAGAGAUAAGUUACAUUUGUCUUUCAAAGUUAUCCAAAAGUUGUAGCAAUCAACACUGUAAGCUUUUAUCCAGUGAUUACACUCGAAUCAACACUUGCUUCUCACAGUCUCUGCUGUUACAGACAGUUGUCAGAACAAAACAAAACAACCCGGCUGAUAAGAUUGUGUAACAGCUGUGUGUGAGCAUUAGUCAGCUCUAUUGUUGCUGAUGUUUUUCUACAUCUACUGUUUUCUCCUUCUUCAGUAUGCAUGAUUGAACACUCCCAGAGAGUCUCUCACAUGCGUUAAGUCCAGUAGUGUUGGGACUCUGAGAGGGAGGAGGUGUGGCAGCUUUGUGUUACAGUGCGGCCACGUGUCUCAAGCUUCCUCUCAACCUAUUCACGUUCUCCUCUUUGUGCUUCUGCUAACCUUUGACCUUUGACCUCUGCAGACUCUCAAGCUCUCAAGUCGGGUCCUGGAUAAAAUCAGUACCGGUCAGCUGGUCAGUCUGAUGUCUGCUCACCUAAACAAGCUGGAUGAGGUGAGAAAGACAAGCACAUCGCCCAUCUUUUACUUUCCUAUAAACCUUUACUUUGAGAAAUGUCGGCAAUUCAGAAAAAGGUACCUGGCACGCUUGCUGGCUGAGUUGCCUUCAGCUAAAAACACUUGAACUCUAUGAAAUCUGUUAUUUUCGAGGAUCGCAGUGAAUUUAAGAUUCAUGAGAUCACAGGUGAAUACAUCCAUUGCCAUUUACCAUUAAGACCCCAUUUUAUUGUAAAUUAUCAGUAAAACUAACUUGACUAGUAGACUAGGUGCAUGUCGUUUAACUUACACUAACAGCUACAGAGUGCCCACCGUAGACUGCAUAUAGAACGGACGCCGUCUGCCUCUUCGCUGGGUGAAGCCACUGCGAGAACAGCACCCUCUAGUGACUGGCUGCAGUAUAGGUCAUAAAUCCCGCCUCCUCCAGCAAUCCCAAUGGAGCUGUGGACAAAUUUAAGAAAUGAAUUACACAGAGUAUAAAUUUUUCUCCCCCAUGGUUGGGAUGUUGACAUUAAUGGACAUUCUCAGAAGUGCAUGUGUGAAGAAGGCUUUAAAAUUCCCAUGAAACAUUUACAAUUUUUAUUCUGACAACUUUAUAUAUAUAUAUAUAUAUAUAUAUAUAAAACUUGUAAAAUGUAAUUAUUUUAAUACAAUUUACAUCCGUGACACUUUUUUAUAAGGUCAUUUCAUCCCAUUGGGUGCAGAAAAUCACUUUUUUCAAGCCAAAUGGAACAACUCAGUAGUUUUCCACUUAAGAGAAUCACAGGCAUGAUGAGGGAAGGAGGCUUUGCUGUUCACACCCUCAUUCACUUCAGUGAAUCUGUUUUAUUACCCAACACGGAGGUAAGUGUUCUUCAUACAGAGGGACAAUUAGAGGACAAAAGAUCAGGAACAAUACACACAAAUUCACACAAAAAAACACAAAUUCACACAGUCAGUACUCUGGGCAAGCAUUUGUAACUAUGAGUGUCAGUAUCUUAAUGAGGGAAAUAGCAAGAUAAUAAAGUCAAUGUAGAUUGUGUGUGUGUGUGUGAGUGUGUGUGUGUGUGUGUGUGUACAGUGAACUCAGUCUUGCUUUGGGUCUCACUGAAGCGUUGAAUGUGGAAACACUCUGCAACCUGCUUAGAGACAAUUAUCACCUGGCUCGGAUGUAGAGAGGCUCAGUACUACUUACUCUCUGUAAAAACAGGUGGUGGCUACCUGGUCUGGUUGUGCGUAUGUGUGUGUGUGCGUGUGCGUGUGCGUGUGCAUGUGUGUGCAUGUGUUUGACCUUCAGUUGAUUACCCUCUAUGUGAGCGAUAUGAAAGGGACCUCAUUGAAGUGAAGACUGAGUUUUAAGCUGAGGUUCAUCAGUUCAGUGCUGACUGGUUCAGCGUUUGUUUUACAAAGAAUUUCUCAGUAACACAAAAUGAAUUUUUCCCAGCAUCCAUGGCACCAUCAAUAAUACCUGGAGACAUACAAGUAUUCCUUAAAAGUGAAUAUGUUAUGAUUCAUUCAGUCAUCUCUUUAGAGCCACAAGAAAGUGCUGUGGUGCUGUCAACAUUUUAAACACAUGAUACAGAAAAAGUCAGAAAAUACUGAGAAUUAUGAUAUUCGACAAUGACCAGUCUCAUCAGUUUUUCCUCUGUGUGUUUCUUCCAGAGUUUGGGUCUGGCCCAUUUCGUAUGGAUCACCCCCCUGCAGUGCAUACUGUGCGUGGGUCUGAUCUGGGAGCUGAUCGAAGUGAACGGCUUCUGUGCACUUGCAAGUCUGACUCUGUUGGGCAUCAUUCAGGCAUGGCUCUCACAGAAGAUGGGACCUCACAGGUGAGAGAAACCCCCACAUAGUUACAACUGUAGAGAAGGCUGUCACAAUAUGCAAGUAUAGAGCUUAACAUAAGCAAACUAAUACCAUGAGAUGAAAGUGGUUGUCACACUUUUUUAAAGGGAUAUUCCGGUGUAAAUUUAAGUUAACACAGGGUUAGACACCGCCUCAAGAGAUGAAUUUUGCCGACUGCUUGCUUCUCUAAUUAUAUCAACUUCAGUAAUGACCGCACAAAAGUACACAGGGGUCUGCGUCUUCACGCGCAAACCUCAACCAAAACGCCACUCUAUAGACACAAAUAAUGCUCAGAACAGCACCUAACUUCACUAGAAAAGCAAGCAGCUGGCAACAUUCAUCUCUUGAGGGGUGUCUAACUCGGUGUUACGGUGUGUUUGACCAUAACUCAAAUUUAUGCUGGAAUAUCCCUUUAAAUGAAGACAUAAAAGAGUAGCAGUCUGCCAGUAACCUAGCUGGAUCUCUCUAUAAAUUUAAACAUGUAGCACUCAUACACAAAAAUAGUAUGAAUGCAGCAUAAUGAUGAAUACAGUCUCAACCUGCUCUGAAUGAUGGAAGUACUCUGAUUGCAUUGAUUGACACAUAAACAAACAUAAAGUGCAUUUACUACAGUUGUGUAGCUAAUAAGCUUUUUUUUGUAAAAAAGGGUGAAGAGAGGAGGAAUGAUCAACCGCCGCCUGGCUCUCACCUCAGAGAUCGUGGAAAAUAUCCACUCUGUGAAGGCCUACGGAUGGGAGGAUGUGAUGGAAACCAUCAUCAAAAACAUCAGACAGUAAGACACAUGAUAUCUUCACCAUACAUCUUUUUUUUUUGUUUUAACGCACCAGGAUUAAACCAGUUCAACUGAUUGUAUCAAUACAAGAGCUUAAAAACAUAGACGGCUUCAGACAAUACAGAUCUAUCCCUCGUGAGUGUAAAGUGCCGUCCUGUUGAAUAUAUGAUGGAUGUAUUGUUAGAAACUGAACUGGGCAGGACAAAGAGUGACCUCAGAGACUGAGCAGGUUCCUCAAUCCAAAGGUUUUGACUCUACAGUAGAAAUAAAAUCAGCCUUGUGCUAAAACUGAGCAGGAGAUGUUAAAACAAUCGGUUUACCAAGAUCACAAUAAGUAGACGUACAACCACGAUGUUGUGGAGCGGAGAGAUACUGAGAACUGUUGGAGCUAACACAGAGACAACAAGACCUGACAUCUACCUGAUAAUAGCUGCAUGAAAAUCUGACAUACUGUUAACCUGAGCGCCUUUUCAGUACCUCUGAGUAUUCAGCCAUCGAGACUGUGUGAUGUUGUUCAUAUCAAUAAUGUGUUAUGAGUAUCGGUGUUGUCCUAAUGCACUCCUCCUACUUCCCCUCUUCCUUCAGGGAUGAGAUGACACUAACAAGGAAGAUCGGCUCCCUGCGCUACUUCUACAGCGCCGCGUACUUCUUCUCCGCCAUCUUAGUCAUCGUGUCAGCCAUCGUGCCACAUGCGCUGAGUAAAGGCAUCAUCCUGCGCCGUAUAUUCACCACAGCCUCUUACUGCAUGGUGCUGAGAAUGACUCUGACCCGCCAGCUGCCAGGAUCCAUUCAGAUGUGGUACGACACACUGGCGCUGGUCAAGAAGAUCGAGGUGGGUCCAAAAAAAUAUCAAAAUAUCAGAUAAGCUGUACCUUUCAAGUGCUUUGCAUCAGACUUGGUGGAAUAUAAUGAAUUUGUGGGUUUUUUUGUGUUUUCUUUCUAGGAAUUCUUAUUGAAGGAAGAAUACAGAGUGCUGGAGUACAACCUGACGACCACCGAGGUGGAGCUGAUCAACGUGUCUGCAUCCUGGGACGAGGUGUGUUCACUUCUGUUAUUUGCUGAAUGUGAGACUUAGAGCAAUAUGGGAUAACUUUAUAAAAACUGUUUUUAUUUCUGGGCUGCAAAAGAUUUAAGCAUCAAGAUCAUCAGUCUACAUCUCCACAUGCAAACCUCAACGAAAAAGAGCCUCAAAUAAUUCUCAAAACAGCACCUGACUUCAUCAACAGUACAUCUAGGGUGCCAGUCAUAGUACUAGCCAUCAAACAUCUUUUUACCUUUGCCUGAUUUCCAGCAGCUGCUUGUUUGUGGGGGAGCCCUGACGAGUUGAUCACCGAGUGCAGUGGAUCAUUUCCAUGAAGUAAUAAUCAUCAUAAUAAUCAUUUAGCACUGCAGACGCGGUAGUUCUCCUGCCCUAGCGUCUUGGUCUGAUUGCAUUUUCAUGAAGUUAAAAAUCAUGAAUGUUCUACCUUGAGCUGUGAAACCCCGCUGCUCUCGGUGAUCCACUCCGCAGGGCUAGAGUAGAUCCUCAGGCUAUCAAGGAAUUCAGUACAGUCCACGCAUGUUAGGGUGUUGAAAUCAUUUGAUAAAAUAUAAUGAAAGAUUUUCUUCAAAUCUUCAAAAUGGACCCUGCUAUAUAUAUGUUUUUAUUCGACAUCUAGCCAGACAAUAUUCAAAAGAUGACCUAAAUAUAAGCCCCAGAAAAAUCUCUUAAUUCUCUUUUUCAAGUAAUUAUUAAAAUGAUUAUGUUCUUAAGUACUGCAAAACAGUCAGUUUCUUGUGUAAAACCGAUCAUCUAUUUUUUUUACUCUUUCAACCUUUUGAAGAGCGAGUCUCGAUUAAUAGCUGGGUGGUCCUUGUAUCUUCUUAUUAACGGUGAUAUCUUUGCUGUUAUGUGGCAGCUUAUUGAUAGAGAAUGUUGUCAUACGAACCUGUAGAGCUGCAGCAUUAGCAUUGAAUACUGUUAGAUCAUUUGAGUGUACUUAAAAGUCCUGAAUGGUUAAUUUUAUUUAUGUAAAAAUCCCCGUAAAAAAAACACUACCAGUCAGUAUUUACUGUAAGAGAUGUGGAUGUUUAAUGAGUCAUAAAUCCUGUAAAUCCUCUAUAUGUCACCAGUAGAAUUGUAUCUAUAGACAGAGGCUGUAAAUUGAGUAAACAAGCCGAUGUGAUUCAUGGACCCCCCCUGUACUGUGAGAAAAGAAUCAUUUAGACCGUGUUUCUUUUCCGUCACGAUGCAUAAUUAAUUCUCUGAAUACCGUCACCAAACGUCGCCUUUGCUGGGAACACUCUGGAUCCCCCUUUGAGAUUUAGACCGGUGUUCAUCGUCUAAUUCCCUGAUUCUCCUCCUGCCUUCUCCUCUUCCUGGAAUGUGCCAUUCGCAGAUGAAUGGGAGGGGUGUCGCCUUUCUUUACAGCUGACAGCUUCGACGUCAGCUCAUUAGAAUGAGAAUCGCUCAGACAAACCUACACAAACCACGGCCAAGUCCUGGUAUUAGAGGAACGGUGACCCAUAAAAUGUCAGAGGGGGUCAAUGAUUAAACCGGCGAGUCAAGCAGAGUUCCCCUUUUUCUAACAUUGAUGUGUCAGUCGUUAAUCUCUACAGAGGCGCUGACAGAUGAGGUGAAAUGAGGCCACUGUGAGACUUUGGGAGGCUUCUUCUGUCUUUGAACAAUCUCUUGUUUGGUUUGGUGUCACUGUCUAAAAGUUCGGCACAACAGACACAAUCACUCACUGCAGGAAGCUGUUAUGUAACACACACAGAAACCAAAAAAAGGGGGGGAAAGAUCUAUGAAUUUGAGAAAUAACAAAAUAUAAGAGGGUUGUUUUUAAUGUUUAUUUUUUUUAGUGCUCAGCAGUUGAAGACACUUUGUUUUCGAUCUCUCUGCAGGGCAUUGGUGAGCUGUUUGAGAAGAUCAAGCAGGAGAGCAAAGCGAACGGACAUCUGAACGGUGACGCCGGCCUGUUUUUCACAAACCUCUACGUCACACCUGUCCUCAAAAACAUCAGCUUGUACCUGGAGAAGGGCCAGAUGCUGGCGGUGGCUGGAUCCACCGGUUCAGGGAAGGUGGGUCAUCCAAAUUUCAAAGUGUGAUGUGUCUUUAGGGACUAAGCUGAACGUGCGAGGCCCUGAAGCCCAUCAAGGAAGUUGACAGCAUCAUCUAAAUGCAUCCAAGUAUUAAUGUAAGGAGUCACUGUCUUUGUCUUCUUUUCCACCAGAGCUCUCUGCUCAUGAUGAUCCUGGGAGAGUUGGUACCAUCAGAGGGUAAAAUCAGACACAGCGGCCGUGUCUCCUUCUCACCGCAGACUUCCUGGAUCAUGCCGGGGACAAUACGAGACAACAUCCUGUUCGGCCUGACCUAUGACGAGUACCGCUAUACUUCUGUCAUCAAAGCCUGCCAGCUGGAGGAGGUACCGUCUCUUUUAUCCUUUUAUUCACCCUUUACCUCUUCCUUCUUUUUUGCUCCAAUUGCUGACUGUUUCUCAAUAUUACAGCAUAAUAAUCUACCUUUAAAAUACAACAUAAAACCAUUUCUUUAACAGUGAAAGAUUCUCACUCCCUUUACUCUGUGAAUUUGAUCAGAUAUAUUUUUAUACUUGAUCUAAAUCACACAGUUUCCCAUGUUUAUUCGUCUUCGCCAGCUUUUCUCUCGAGUUCUCUCUCUUUCGUUGGAUUGAUGCUCUGCUGAGUUGUCGUUCUGAAGCCAUCAAGGAGUUUCAGAUUUCCUCAGUCCACAUUUACACCCAUUAUGUCCCUCACACACACUCACACACAGAGGCACACAUGCUUGUCUACACACACUUGUACUCUCAUUAGCCUCAGCGCUGAAUGACGGCCCCUCAGCAGAAUAAUGUCUCCUCUGUUGCCAUGGAAAUCUCGGGUUAUGUCACCGAGAUGGAAUAUGAGCUUGCCGAUUCCCAGUGACAGACAUUUCAACACAGACAAACUGUCUGUAGUGUUUCAAUAUCAACUUAAUCAAUCAAUCAGGCUUUAUUCAUUUAAUAGUUUAAGGCAUUAAAGUCCCACUCCAAAUGGUUUUUACUACUUAAAGUGUUUUCAGUGGUCUUUAAAUAAUGAUUUUGAUGUUUUUAGCCAAAGUUGCGUUAUCUGUGUCAUUUUCAAGGGUUUUUCUUAUGCGUAGCUCCAGUAGCUCAUUAACAAUUCACCUCUAAGUCGUAGCGGGGGAUCUGGGGGCGGAGCUUAGAUUUACUACGUUGGAAAUCUCACUGUAUCUGAACCUGCCGUUUGGGUCUGCCAGAUAUUCACAUCCAUUUGAAUGCAGAAAUACUCAGGAAUGCAAUUUUGCACAUGGUUUUCUCAUGAUAUGUCCUGUAGCAUCAGAAAAAUGUCAUAUGAACAUGUAGACAACAAGAACAACAUGAUUUUCAUCGGAGUAGGUCUUUAAUAGAGGCUUACAGAGAAUGAAAACAGAAGAUUAAUUCACACUAACAGUAAUAAACUAUAUGUAUUUGCAACACUGAAAGAGAAGAGAUGUAAGCACUAUAAAAAGCACAUUGAUAUUCAGAUAAAGUAAUAAUUACAGGGCAAAGAUAAGUGAUCAAAUAUGAAUAAAGUGCCAGAAAGUCAACAGUUGAGGUUAAACCAACAAACCUCAUUAAGAGCUGUUUAAAACAUCAAAUAACAAAAACUAAUAGAAACACGAUCAAAUGAGUUUAAAGUUGUUGAACAGGAGAAAAAGACCACAUGUAGAAAAUAUUUCUGUCGAUGUUUUGGUUUAUAAUAUUUAUAGACAGUAGCAUACAUGUAUAAAUGUUUUGGAUAAAAUGUCUUGAAAUAUUGACCCAGUUGUAAAUAACUGUGAAAUACAGUAUAACCAAACAUCUGUUCAUUAAGUCCAGACUUUCAUGAAAAUAAUUACAAGGAAACUUCUUGUCAUUUUGUGUUGAUUAUAUUUAAAGUGAAAGUACUGCAGUGUCAUACACCCCGAGGAUGACACCAUCACAAGUAUUUACCAUCACACCUCGUCUCCUGUGGCACUGGCAGUCCCUCACAGGUUUUGACAAAAAACACAACAUGUUGUCACAGCAAACAAAGCUGGCAUGCAAUAUUGACAUCAACAUCUGCUGCUGCAAAACUACAGCUUCCAACGUGUCUGUGAGGUCAGGUGUCAAACUCCAGCAUGAGGCGUCAUCCAAACGGAAAUGGAGGAAUCACUCUGUCUGCUCUGAUCGUAAACUUAAGAUAUGACUUAAGUCCUCUCAGGGCCUGUAAUUAUGAGGGGGUUGAAGUUGUCAAAACUUUUUUAAAUAGUAAAUUGUAGUUGGGAGCUCUAUUAAGUAGUGUUGUAUGUCUAAAAGUUCUAUUAAUAAACACAGAGCUUAAGAACUUAAGUAUGCUAGGUUGCACGGAUGGCCAAGCAGGUUAGCGCGCCCCAAUUUCUGGGUAGCAUCAGAAAAAUGCCAUAUGAACAUGUAGACAACAAGAAAAAUAUGAUUUUCAUCAGGGUAGAUCUUUAAAAAAAAUAACAUUGGGGGGAAAAGUAGAGGCUGAAGGCUUAGCUUACUGGAUGUGUGAAACAUGCGAAGGAUGGGAGCCUGGAUCACAGUAAUGCUCAAUGUCACACUCAGUUACCAAACGGAUUCCCAGGACUCGGAUGUAGAAGAUAUGAAGAACUCCAGAACUCCAGGCUUUGAUAAGCCUUCAUGAAAGGAAAUUAUUUUCCCUGAGAUGAUCGAAAUUAUUACGACAUCUGGAUAAAACUAAAGCUUAACAUGAAGAUUAAUUAACGCAGUAAUGCAUGAGGAGUAUCAACAAACAGGAGUGACUAAAAGCACAAUAAAAGUGGGACAAAUUCGGUGAAAGUACGGAAAAAUGAUUUUGCACAGGAUAUUGAAAAGUUUAACAGCACACAACAAUGCAAAGUAAUAAAAAACAUAUUGCAUUCUAUUGAAAAAAAGGAAAAUCUUGUAUGAAUUGUUUUAAAAAAAUAUCUGCCAUGCUUUUGAAAAGUAAUAAAAACUCACAUUACAAACUGUAUUGGAAAGUUUUACUUAAAAAGUAAUAAUGGAAGUAUUUUUGGGAGCCCCCAGCAGCUCACCUGUAGAGUGCAUACCAUUAAUGCUGAGCCCCUUCCCGCUCUUCUGCCUCUCUUACUGUCAAAUAAGGACAAAUAAAGGUGAAGACGAUAUUUCAAAAGUGUAUUUUUUAAAGGAAAACUGCACACAAUCUUCAACAAAAACAUCCCUUACAUACUAAUUAACUGGGAUUAUUUACUUAUCUGUCAUACACUGACUCUAGAUACUUAAUAUAGUUAACGCAUCGAUAUUUGACACAAGUUUUUUUAGUGUUCAGGAGACCGAAUCCUGAAUCUAAACAUAAAAUCUCUAUGUUAUAUCCAAAAUGAGCUUCAGAGGCUAGAAAUGAUCUAUGAUGAGGAGUAAAGUGCACUCAGGGUUUUUCGCUUCUGUGGAUUUCUUCUGAAGAAAAAUCCCCAGGGCAACCCUGACUCACCAGAGCAGGUUCCUCCAGACACAGACGAGAGGUUUAGUGGGCUUGAGACUGUAAUUCCUCACUAUUGUUGCCCCCUGAAGCACCAGACAGACUGCCGUGGGUGGUCUCGCCACUGUAAACUCAUCUUUUCCUCCUCCAGUCUCUAGCUGCUGGCCCGGCAGGUGCUUUUUGUUCACAUUUAGACUCACAACCUGUCUUUUUAUUGUGCUGCCUUAUUUAACAAGCUGUUAAACAACAUGUUAACUUGAUUCCCUAUGCGCUCCGGUCAGGACAGCGGAAGCUGCUUUUAAAGAGGUAGGAUGUUUUUAACGAUGAUAAACUUGUGCUGUCACUUCAUCAUUGUGGUAUGGUCGUCUUUUUUCAUGAUCAAUUACCAUCAACAACACUUCCUCCAUGUGCCUGUCCCAUCUGUGGUUUGUACUCUUUGUGUGGUUUUCAGGUUCACUAUGAAUAUGUGACCAUAUGAACGGAAAUUGCUUGUAUUACCUUUUUAUGCCAAAUAUGAAUCUGUGCCUUGAUUUGAAUAAAAUGUCAACUACGUAAGGAUUAUUAAAAGCUAUUUUUUGAGUUCCAGCAUACAUGUAUUUUAUUUGGGAUGUAUAGCUCUCAUGGAACAACGAUAUUUUGCUAUUGAAAGCUGCCCCUGGUGUGUGAUUUAGUCCAAGUUGUCCCUUCUCCUGCCUAAAACACAUUAGACAGAAUUAUUUUUUAAACAUUUACACAAAAAUCUUCUUCAACCAAACGUUCUUGGACUUUCCAGCUUUUUUUCAGCCCCUAAAAUAAGUUCAAGGACUCUUGGAAGUCUCUCCUAGGUAACUUCAUUUAGAAACUUUGUACAAGGACGUUAAAACUGUGCAGAGAGGCGACUGCUUCCAAAAGCUUCCAUUUACAGGAGACAAAACAAGCAGUUUGACCUGUUGCUAAAAUAAAGCAGCCUUGCAUAUUCAGUAUAAAGUUCAGUAGCAGGUCCAGUUUUAUGAUCGUGUUUUCAUUCUUGAGUUAUCAGAAGAAGUAGAUACAGUUUGUUCUUACAGUACAUCAGCAAACCACUGACCCAGUUUCAGUAACUGUAACAUUGAGCACAAUGGGAGUGCAGCUCACACUCUGUUUUAGUCAGACUUUCAGCAUUUACAGUACAGGCAGUACAACAUGUGGUGACUGCAUGCUCAUGUUUGACCUGCCCAUCCCUGCUUCUUUUGCCCUCUCCAGGAUUUCGCCCUGCUGCCUGAGAAAGACAAGACUCUCCUUGUUGAAGGAGGGGUGACCCUCAGCGGCGGUCAAAGGGCUCGCCUCGGCUUGGCCAGGUACUUCCUAAUACACCUGAGCAUCUCUCAGUAAACCUCAUUCAUGUCCUCGUGUCUGUCAGCACUAGACCGUCUGUGCUGCUGAUGAGUUACAAUUAGAGUGUAUGUAAAAUAUGAACAUACAGGAAUGUGGUCAGAGAGUUUAGUUCACUUCCAACUGAGUAGGAUUUAAGUAGAGCAAAUAGAAAAUAUCCUAAAGUUUAAAGUGCAGCAUGUGUCUUAAUCACUGGAUGCCCUUCUGCAUAGUUUUGGGUUUGAACAACUGACACCUGCAAAAAAGUUUUACCCCAAAUUUCUACCUCAUGCGGAAUGGCAGCAAAAAGACCGUCGCCAUUGCAUGGGGUUAGGUUUGCAUAAAUUUAGCCAGGAGCCAAAAACAGACUUUAAUAUGUGCAGCGUAAUACCUGGACUGUGGCCAUUGUAAAUGGGGCGCCUGCUCUCUUCACUUGGCUAAACAAGUAUUUUUAAUGAUACAAGAAAUUAUAUAAAACGUGAUUUAUUUGGCUCGUAAAAGCUGUCAUACAAACACACCAAAGAAUAGGUUACUUCACUGUAAAAAUAAUAUUUGUAGGUGUAGACAAGCGACUCCCACAUUCUGCAGUCUUGUGGGUUUAAAGAGAUAAAUUCAACAACUGUUUAUUCCUAUUUGGAUCCAUUUAAUAUAGUUGCAAUACUUUAAGAAUAACAACCUGAUCUAAUGUAAUAUUAAUUUGCCAUUUGUACUAAUUUACCAAAGCAAGCCAAGAGACCGUUUUCAGAAUCGUUGCUGUACCCAUGAGUCAGUUUGAAAAUGUCAAGAUGACCUUUAAUUUUCCUGCAGCUUAAGAAGAACUGAAAUAUCACCUGCUCUUCGGCAGAUCACAGAGAUCUCAUAAAAAAUAAAAAAUAACUGAAGCAGCAUUUUUCCAUGAUUUUCCCAAAACCAACACAUUUACUUCUACCUUCUUUAACACUGUCAGAGCAGCUGUGCCAUUAAAUUAUCAGUGAAAAUGUCAAAAUCUCAGUUUAAAGAUUAUAAACUAAUCAAGAUCAUCAGUUUCACUGCUGCUAUGAUGAGCAGUUGACAGGAAAGACAUGCACUGACUUUUUAUGAGCCUUUGAGAUUAAAUUAGUUUGACAGUGUUAAAAGUUCCAGUAUUUGUAAGUGAUGAACCUCUUUUCUACAUAAUCACACCCUGUGAGGCUGACACUGUCGUUCAUCAUCCUUAUCUGUGAGUCUGCCUGCAGAGCAGGAGAAUAUUGAGUUUUAUAGUCACACUUUUAAAAGACGAGUGUCGUCCUCAGUGGAGCUUUAUUACACCAUUAAAUCUGAGUUCAGUCAGACACUCUCAUCUUCCCAUGCAGUAUUUAUCGCUUUAGUGUCGAUUUGCUGACUCUGUAAAUGCUCACUUUGAUUGAUUUAUCCCAGUAAGUUUUUUCAUGACUUCCUCAUUUACACCUUUUUCUCUCCUCUACCUUUCUGCUGUCUGUUCUCACUCAUUCAUUGUGUGUUUGUGUGUGUUGUACCCUCAGGGCCGUGUACAAAGAUGCAGACCUCUACCUGCUCGAUGCACCUUUCACCCACCUGGACAUCGUGACAGAGAAAGAGAUCUUUGAGAAGUGUGUAUUCAAACAGAGAGUCUUUCAUGUGGAGGGGGUUGGGGGUAGUUAAGCUAAAGUUUAAGUUCAUGGUCAAGGUUAUGUCUUGUUUUCUACGUCACACUGGAGUCGACUGUGUCAUCACUCUGUAACCUUCUGAGAAAUCAGAGUUCUUGCUUUUACUUCACAAACAAUGUGUGAAUAUUUUAAAGGUCAUCAUUUAAAAAAAAAACGUCAUUAGUAUCAAGAAAAAGGCCAUUAAAUUUAUCAGGAGUUGAAAAAAAUACUUUAUUCGUGCUAACAAAACUGUCUCAAAACACAGUCUCAUUCUCUGCAUCCCUACACAGAUGUGUUUGUAAACUAAUGGCCUCCAAGACUCGUAUCGUGGUCACGAGCAAGUUGGAGCAUCUCAAACGAGCCGACAAAAUCCUGCUGCUUCAUAACGGAGACUGCUACUUCUACGGCUCCUUCUUGGAGCUGCAGGCGCAGCGCCCCGACUUCAGCUCGCUCCUCCUGGGCCUGGAAGCUUACGACAACAUCAACGCGGAGAGACGUAGCUCCAUCCUCACAGAAACUCUACGCAGGGUCUCAGUGGAUGAAACAGCAGGCUUCCGAGGUUCAGAUCCAAUGCGUCAGUCCUUCCGCCAGCCGCACCCUCCUAUAAUAGUCUCAGGACCCCAAAGCCAUCCUGGGGGUGACGGCUAUCCAGAAAAACGCAAACAGUCCCUCAUCCUCAGUCCCCUAGCAGCGGCUCGCAAAUUCUCCUUCAUCGGGAACUCUCAACAGACUGCGAAUGCUCCUCAGUCCAUGAUGACUGAGGAUGGAGUUCGGGAACUCUCUGAGAGGAAAUUCUCCGUAGUACCUGAGGAUGAUCAGGUGGAGGAGGUUCUCCCCAGGGGGAACUUGUACCAUCAUGGGUUGCAGCACCUCAACGGACAGCGGCGUCAGUCUGUCCUGGCUUUCAUCACUCACUCUCAGGGCCACGAGCGCAGGGAGCAGAUGCAGUCGUCCUUCAGGAGGAAGCUCUCCAUCACGCCAGGGUGCGACCUGGCAUCAGAACUGGACAUCUACGCUCGCCGCCUCUCCAAGGACAGCGUUUAUGACAUCAGUGAAGAAGUGGAUGAGGAAGACAUGGAGGUAGACUUCAGCUUUAGUUGUUUUUUCUCUGACGACAAAGUUUAGUUGGAUGAGUAGUUCAACUGUUUUCCUGUUGGGCUGAGGAGUGAUACAAAAAUCUGUUUUUUUCACAGCAAUGUUUCGCAGAUGAACGUGAUAACGUCUUUGAAACUACCUCGUGGAGCACCUAUCUACGCUACAUCACCACAAACAAGAGUUUAGUCUACGUUCUGCUUUUCAUCCUCUUCGUCUUCAUGAUUGAGGUAAAAUCGACACUUUUAUAUUUGCAGACAUGAAUAAGUCGACAGCAAAGCUCAGUGAGAGGAAGAAAUAGAUCCUCUAUAUAUUCCCGGCAGUCACUUAAGAGGUAGAGUUGCCCAAUAACUGGAAGGUUGGCGGUUUGAUUCCCCCCUAUCUCCAGUCUGUCCAUUGUAUCCUUGGGCAAGACACUUAACCUACCGUGCUUCCAGUGUGUGUCCUCCACUUGUAUAUAAUUCGUAUGUACGUCGCUUUGGAUAAAAGCGUCUGCUAAAUGACAUUGUAAUCUUGUAAUUGUUAUUUUCUUGAGUUGUAUAAUGUUAUAAUUACAGGCAGUUUAUACAGUCUUAAUGUUACACACACAAUCCAUGUGUAACAUUUUCCAGACAUUUUUCUGCUCCCAAAUUUAAUGAAAACUCAUUUUUUCCAUAUCUCAAUGUCAGGCAACUGUUUUCAUGUCACGGCUUUCUGCUUGCUCCUAAUGAAAACUUCUAAAAGUUUUCACCCAGAUAAAAAGUUUUGAGAACGAGCAGUCAAUCCCAGUACCAAAACUAUUUUGUAAUACCUGUGUUACCCCCCGCCAAUAGAGCCGAAUUUCUGGCCAGCUCCAAAAUAUGUGAAAAUGGUCUGCCGCAUUUCCUGCCGACCUCGGCUGUUUGUAUGCACGUUAUUCGUGGAGUUAUGAAAUAUCUCAUUAGAAAUAGCCAAAAGAUUUCUCCAAAGGCCCAAAGUGACGGAGGCGGACUGUGUCAAACACAUGCCUUCCUUUGAUAUAAAACUGUAGUCUAACCUUGUUUGUUUUGUGCAUCUGCAUGGAUUUAAUUCUAGAAUAUAAAACUGACACUAGCCUCUUUGUGUUCUCGUCUUUGUGCUCAUCAUCAAAGAUGUCAACAAGGUCAGAGUCAGUUUAAUCUCCUGAAAUGUGUCCCAAUUUGAACCAGAAGAGGUCAUGUUUUUCCAGACCAUAUCUAUCAGGUAUUUUCUUAACGCUGUGAGGAUAUCGAACAACAAGAAGUGAUACAAGCUUCAUCCCGGUGCUUGAACCUGGCUUGAAUCAUCACAACUUUUAUAUUUGGAUUUAGAAGAAACGUUAAAUAUGUUUGUUUUCCUCUCAACACCUUUAGGUUGCCGGUUCGGUCAUUGGAAUUUUCCUCAUCACUGAGUGAGUGUAACUUUUCAUAUUCCCAAAAACUUUUGGAUGGUUAUAUACUCACAUGAAUCUACAGUCUAAAUAAAAACAUGGGGAUGUUACACGCGUCAUAUUGCUAGAUUGAGUAAACCUGUUAAAUGGAUCAUAACGGUUUUUAAUCCUUAUUUGAUGUUGCAUUCAACCAGUGAGAUCUGGAGGGACGGCGCCAACCCUUCUUCGCCCAACUACAUUGAUGAGCAGCACCCCAAUGCCUCCUCACCCCCUGUCCACUUGGCGGUCAUCGUCACACCCACCAGUGCUUACUACAUCAUCUACAUCUACGUGGCCACAUCAGAGAGCGUGCUGGCUUUGGGGUUCUUCAGGGGUCUCCCGUUGGUGCACACGUUACUCACUGUGUCCAAAAGACUCCAUGAACAGAUGCUCAGCGCUGUGAUACGAGCUCCCAUGGCCGUGCUCAACACAAUGAAGACUGGUGAGUCCCUCGCCUUUCCUUCUCAAUGCGAAAAAUAGGGCUGGGCGAUACGUCCUCAAAUCAAUAUCAUGAUACAUUGAGCAGUUCACUGCGAUAACCAUAAAUGGAUGAUAACUACUCCACAAGCUGCUCACCCCCUCCCACAUUAACUUUGUCUACUUCAGCUGCUACAACUUUUGAACCGUCCCUAAUCUCCUCACCCGUCUCUGACGCAGGACAGCAUCCUUAAGGGACAUGAGACCAUAGCCUACCUACACACAUCCAAAACCAACUGUAUUUAUUUUGACACUGAAUAUACCAACAUGAGCAAAAUGACGUCAGUUAUUGUCGUCAAUUUAAGUAUCGGUAAAUUUUCGGUUUAUCGUCCAGCCCUAGUGAAAAAUGUUUAAUAUGAGAAUGUAGUUUUAUGUCAGUGAUGUCAAUUUUAAAUUUCUUCUUCCAGGUCGGAUCAUGAACAGAUUCACAAAGGACAUGGCCACCAUUGAUGACAUGCUGCCUCUGGUUCUGUUCGACCUCAUCCAGGUAACUAACACAAAUGCUUCAGACUCACAGUGUCUAGUUUUCCGCCUGUUUGUUCUCACUGAGAAAAAAAACAAGCAUGUCCACUCGGACCACGACCGAGUCACAAUCAGCCCAACAGACGCUCAGACUGCACCGCUGUAGCUGGUAUGCAGACAUACUGGCAUGCCAGCUUUGCCAGUCUGGGAAAUCCCUCUGCAUUGACUUUCCACCAGUCUGUUGGCUUUGUAUCCGAAGAUGGGUAAUGUUCUGUAAAAACGUUCUCAGCGUCUGUGUCCAUGUCCGCUGUUAUUGGUGGAAGCUGUACUCUCCCAGAAGAGGAGAUUGAGGGUUUUUGGUGGGUGCAUUUUGACAUGUUUAAACUUCAACCCCCACCCUGCUGACUCAAUAUGAGAAUCAGUCAACUCAGACUGGAUUAACUGUUAAUUUUCACGCUUACUUCCAACUGAUUAAACUUCCUCUGUUUCCUCCCGUCAGCUGACACUGAUUGUCACCGGCGCCAUCUUCACUGUGUCCAUCAUGCGGCCGUACAUCUUCAUCGCUGCCAUCCCAUUGGCUGUCAUCUUUGUUAUCCUCAGAAAGUACUUCCUAAGAACCGGACAGCAGCUCAAGCUACUGGAGGCUGAAGGUGAGAACUGGAAGGGAAGUUUGUGAAGUACAUGGACUAUGUGUCGUUGUUACAGAUAGCAUAUAGAGUAAAAAAAAAGAUUUGCAAUAUGACUUAAUCCAUCAAAACAUGUCAAAUAUAAAAGCUUGAUGCUGUCAUUACUGCUUGGAAAGGACUUAUUAGAUGGCAAAUAUCCAGGAGAAGUAAAAGUGAGUGCACGAUAGGAAAACCCGACUGUGCGGUGAGGGGAAGGGAAACUCGCGGGAAGACACCACCUCUAUCAUAACUACCUGUCAGAAGCAGAGCUGGUAGAUGGCCCAGAGCCAAGAGGGCAAAGGUCAGACUAAAGAACAAAAAACAUGACAGAGGUAGGGUCAGAGGAGAGGAUGGAGGGGCUGCCUCACAGGGGCGUGAACCGUUAAAGGAAGCGAGGAAGGGGAUGUGACAAAUGCUGUCCUCCAAUCAGUGACAAGUAUGGUACCCCUGUCUGAAGAGUUCAGUCAUUUCUAAGGGGCUUUAGUCAUAAAGUGAUUGUUUUAGCGGGCUGUUAUACUCCCCCAGUGAGGGUUUAUUCUGAGUGAUGUGCUGCUCAGAAGCACAGAUCUUCAUGCCUGCUGACACUCUUUUGGCAAAGACAGUCGUGGGGAACAUGAAGUCGUGUUCCUGCAGUCCAGAGCACUAAAAACUGACUUUAUUUUGUUGUGUGAUCCAGGAUGUCUGCAAGUUUUUAUAAAUCUAUAAAAAGCAGUGAGUUAAGCUGCAUGAAAACAGGAUUUAGUGGAGUUAUUAGACGUGAAUGUGUCGGCACCAUCAGACACUGCCGCUGCCGUGAAGUUGUCACAGUGAGAGCGGUGUCGCUCUGAACUACCAGAGGAUUAGAAACCAGGUCAGAGGACUGCUGACGAAAAUGCCCCUCUGUGUGUUUUGGACCUCCCUGCUCUGAAAAUGAUCCUCUCACUGACUACGAGUUUCGUGAUGAUGGCGAGGUUUCCGGAGCCGCUGAAAGCACGAUGGGGUCAGAGAGAUGAGCCGUGCUGGGAUUUCCUUCCACCCCAUCCUGAUGUACUGGCAGUUCGUCAGCUGAACUGCAGUGGAUGUUGUGUACAUUAGUCACUCAAACGCUCUGUAGCAUUCUUGUGGUUUUUGUAAGCAUUGUUCCAUUUACAUCACAAAGACAUAGCUUGAAUAUUUUCCCCUGUUGUACAGCUGGAGCGAAUUCUUAAAGCAGAGAGGUAUUCAAGAAAAUAGAUGACUCAUAUUUAGCUGCACUGAGAAGCUGAAUCUGGUGGAUUUUCCUGAGAAGAGGGAUUACGUAAGUGUGAUAGGUAACCAAAACAAACAUGGAUAUUUGGUGAUUUAUUUACCGAUAAUUACCUGAUAUAAUAGGAAAGAAUGAGCCUAACACAGGUCAGCUCUCAGGUCUGGCAUUGUCAUAAGAGAACUCUGAUUGGCUGUCUCCCUUCUGCCGUUUCAAAACCUUUAACAGGGGUGUUCGAUUUGUUAGGAAGUCCAAAAGUUUAAUAUGACACCAAUAGUUUACAACACUGUGCUAGCAUAAAUAUCCCUUACAGCGGUAACAAUGACAACAACUAAUAAAACAGAUCUGGUUCAGAAUCAAUACGUCUUAAAUCUGAGUGAUUUUUAAAUUCAACCCUGAGUCAGUCCUCUUUAUUUGAACCUGAUCCCAGAUUUCAUUUUGCUCCUCUUAUCUAUUCAACUGGAAAACUCAGAAAACUAUGGUGGCCCUGAGGUGCAAAACACAACAGCAAUUCAGAAAACACAACAACAAAAAGAGGAAGCACAAUGGCAAAAGAUGUUUUCUGAUUUGCUGUUUUUUUUCUUUUUCUGUUGUGUUUUCUCUAUUUGUUGUUGUGUUUUCUCUUUUUGUUGUUGUGUUUUCUCUUUUUGUGACGUGUUUUCUCAUUUGCCUUUGUGUUUUGCACCUUAGAGCCACCGUAGAAAACAGUCUGUCUGCUAGUUUGACCUAACACAGCCUUUAAUAAAGCCCAUAUUUGAUUUGGUUUAGCAAGAAUGAUAUCUAGCAUUAUAUUUUUGGUGUACUGUUCCUUUUCCCUUCUGUGUCCUGCUGUCGUAACCAAACAAUCUCUCUCCUCGCUCCUUAAGUGCCAGUCCUGCUCACAAACUUGUGCGAUAUCUGCCUCCUGUCCUUCUCCUGCAGCUCGUAGCCCCAUCUUCUCCCACCUCAUCAUCUCCCUGAAGGGUUUGUGGACUAUCCGGGCUUUUGGGCGUCAGACCUACUUUGAGACUCUCUUCCACAAGGCGCUGAACACCCACACAGCAGCUUGGUUCCACUACCUGGCUACACUGAGAUGGUUCCUCUUCAGAUGUGAUAUGAUCUUUGUCCUGUUCUUCACCGCCGCCGCCUUCAUCGCUGUCGGAACCAACCGUGAGUAAACAGAUGUUACAUGCAUGAGAUUUAUGCCCAAAUGAGGAGAAACUGCAGGACCUUUUACUGCAGUGAGCGAGUGCGACAGCGUCCGGGGAAUGAGAGCUGCAGCACACAAUAGAAAGAGGAAAGAUCGUCAUGAAAUUCCAUAAAGUUAGUUAGUAAACACCUUCUUAUUUUGUGUCGAGCUGAUGGCGUGACGCAGCCUCUGUCUUAUCUGUUCGCUACAGUGUCCAGAGUCAGAUAUCAGGAUCCUCUGUUUGUGAGAACGGAUCAAAACCUGCCGGAAUACCAGCGGAUGAAGUGUCAUGUACAGAGGGAAGCAUGCGUGUGUUUGAUUAAAUAAAUGGGAAACACACAAGUACACACACACACACACGCAGACAUUCAAACAUGUGUUGCUGCGUCAGAGUCUGUGUUUAUGCCGAGAGCAGAUUAAAGGGUCAUUUCACAGCUCAUUAGUUUCCAAUAGAGCCAGUAAGAGAGCUGAAAUACCUGAGUGUUUUUCUGACAUCAGAGAGAGCAGCUGUGAUUGGACGGUACUGAUGUAUGUGUGUAUAUGUGUGUGUGUGUGUGUUUGUGUGUGUGCACUUGCAGAGGACAAACCAGGGGAGGUCGGCAUCAUCGUGGCUCUGGCUAUGCUCAUCCUGGGGACUUUCCAAUGGGCGGUCAUCACCAGCAUCACCGUAGACGGACUGGUAGGUCAUCCACGACCAAAAUCUGUAAAUGUUUCCAUCAUAUUAAGGCUUUUGAUAAACCAGCGACCCACUACGACUCCGUCAGAUCAAAGUUGAGGAGGUUUUUAUUUGAUGUCCUUCUAACUUCAUGUAUAAAAACCUAAACUCAGCUGGCUCAGAAUCAGAUGCUCAUGAACAUCAGUUUUUCUCUUGUUUUUCAGCACAUUAUGACGACGGUGCGAGGUUGGGUGUUUUGGACUAAAGUUAGUUUGUUUUGGGAAAAAAGAAAAGUGUCUAUUUAAUUUAGUGAUUAAAUAUAAUUGCAGCUGCAAAAAGGUUAUGAAGGCAAAAUGUUCUCGGCAUUUCAUUUUUUGGAACCGGCCUGAAACUACAAACGGCAGUGGUACUGAGGGUCUUGUUCUCGUUCUGUGCAUAAGCAGUUAAAGGGAUAUUCAGAUGUAAAUUUAAGUUAUGGUCAAACGCACCGCAACUUCGAGUUAGACACCCAUUCAAGAGAUGAAUGUUGCCAGCUGCUUGCUUCUCCAGUUAUACCAACUUUGGCAAUGACCACACGAUAUCACCGAGUGCAGUGGAGUUUCGCAGCUCAAGGAAGAACAUUUAUGAUUAUUACUUCAUGGAAAUUAUCCGCUGCACUCUGUACAAAACAAGCCACUGCUGGAGGAGAGUUGGGUGAGUUGUGUUUAGUCUCUUUGCUAAAGAAACCAGGCAAAGAUAAAAAGAUGUUUGGUGUCUAGUACUAAGGCUAGGACCCUAUAUGUCCUGUUGAUGUUGUUCUGAGCAUUAUUUGACGCUACAGAGUGGCGUUUUUGUUUAGGUUUGUGUGUAGAGACGUAGACCUCUCUGUAUUGCUAUCGUUUGGUCGUUACUUGAGUUGGUAUAACUAGAGAAGCAAGCAGUCGGCAACAUUCAACUUAAUUUUAUGCCAGAAUAUCCCUUUAAUCUUGGUUAAACAGAGUUUAACUCUGUGAUUAAAUAAUUUCUAGACAAGAAAAAGUCCAAGCCCAGUUGUCUCCUACUUCUCUCAGAUGCGUUCAGUUGAUCGGGUGUUUAAGUUCAUCGACCUGCCGACAGAGGAGCCGCUGCCGGGGAAAUCCGGUGGGAAAGGAGGCCCCGACCUCGUCAUCAACAACCCACACGCCCACGACUGCUGGCCCAACCGCGGCCAGAUGGACGUUCAGGGUCUGACUGUCAAAUACACCGAGGCUGGACGGGCUGUCCUCAGUGACAUCUCCUUCUCUGUGGACGGAGGACAGAGUGUAAGUCUCUUCUCCUUUAAGUUCCUUACAUUGAUUUUCGUUUCCUCAAACUCAUAGAAUCACCUUUACCUGCAACAUACACACCUGGAUUUACAUAAAUGUCUCCUGAGGAGGACUGAGGAGCUCUGGCAGCUGUGGCUAAAACAGUUUCAGUCUGGAUUUGAGUUUGGAGUAAAUCUUUUUCUGCUGCUGCCUGUGGAGAGAGUCAGUAGUUUCUCCUCCUAAUGAAUUCUGGAAGACAGCAGAGCUCAAUAAGUGUCUGCACUUCAGCCUCAUCCCAUCAGCUUCUCUAUGGCCUCUCCAUAAACAGGCUAAUCAACCAGGAUAGAGAUUUGGAUAGAGAGCCUUAAAAGUUAAUCGCAGUAGAACAGAUGCAGCACAUUGUGUCUGCGUGCAUCAUAUGUAUAAAUCAUACAAACUACAGUUCUGCUUGUGUCUGUGUGUGUCUGUGUGUGUGUGUAGAUAGGUCUGCUGGGUCGGACAGGUUCAGGGAAGAGCACCCUGCUCUCUGCUCUGCUGCGUCUCGCCUCCACUGACGGAGAAAUCUUGAUUGACGGCGUCUCCUGGAGCUCCGUCUCCCUGCACACGUGGAGGAAGGCGUUUGGAGUGGUGCCGCAGGUACGCCUGACAGACUCAAAAUAAUCAAAGUACAUUUAUGAUAAAUGUAAUAUCUGUUGAAGGGCAAUGAGAUGGUGAGGGGGAUUUUGUCUAUUUUGAACAGAAAGUCUUCAUCCUGACGGGGACGUUCCGCAUGAAUCUGGACCCUCAUGGACGUUACAGUGAUGAGGAGCUUUGGAGGGUAGCAGAGGAGGUGAGGCGCCGUCUUAAAUUGUCCCUUUAAUUUGUUUUUUUUUUUCUCUGUUUUGCUCUGGAGACAGGAGGUAUAGCAUGCUUUGGUAAAUCACAGGUAAUUGCACUGAGAGGUCACAUGCAUCAGUUUUGAUUUAAACACUCACUGAGAUAAAAUGUUGUAGGAGCAGUUUUGAUUCUUCAAAUUUUCCACAGGUGGGCCUGAAGUCGGUUAUCGAGCAGUUUCCAGACAAGCUGGACUUCCAGCUCGAGGACGGAGGCAACGUGUUGAGCAACGGACACAAACAGCUGCUUUGUCUCGCCCGCUCAAUCCUCAGCAAGGCUCGCAUCCUCCUGCUGGACGAACCCUCCGCUUACCUGGACCCCAUGUCAGUAUUAAACCCCAAACACUCACAUCUGCGUGUUUGUUUAUAUGUGUGUGUAGGGCUGGGCGAUAAAACGAAAAUUUACAGAUACCAAAAUUUAUGACAAUAACCCACGUCAUUUUGCCCACGUCAAUUUAUUCAGUGUCAAAAAAUAAAUCAAAGUUGGUUUUGGAUGUGUUUAGGUAGACUAUGGUCUCAUGUCCCUUUAAGACGCUGUUGUAUGUCAAGACGUGACUCCACCUCAUCUAGUCUGUCACAAAGAGGAAAAGACAGGUGAGGAGAUGGAGGACGGUUCAAAAGUUGUAGCAGCUGAAGUAGACAAAGUUAAUGUGGGAGGGGGUGAGCAGCUUGUGGAGUAGUUAUCGUCCAUUUAUCAUUAUCGAGGUGAACUGAUCAAUAUAUCGUGAUAUUGAUUUGAUGCCAUAUCGCCCAGCCCUAUAUGUGUGUGUGUAACUUAAGGCUCACCAUUAGCCUAAAAGAAGUGGUCACAAAAGUUGAACAUAUGAUCUGCUGCGAUUUAGAUGUGACCAAGGCUCCUCAGAUUCUGGAUCAUCACUGUUUGGUGUCAGGUUUCUUUCAUUACUCUGAUCAUAUAAAUAACUAUUUUCUUAAAGUGUCGGCCUCCUGCACUGGGUUGAACACACUGUCUCUGAAGGUCUGUCAGAAAUAACAGGACCUUACUUACUCUUCAUUUAAGCCCUUUCUUAAAAGUACAGUCCCCCAGAUCCUAACUUGAAGUUGCUCCCUCAGGAGAGGAGCUUUACAUUGGUGGACUCUGCCUCCAUGUCUACUCUUAGUUAUUUUUUAAGUGCAUGAAGUAACCCUGCUCUCUCAGAUUGCACCUUUUUGAGGGUUAACAGGGAACUCUAUCACGGUCCUUGCUGCACCCACAAACACAGCUGAAGCUUGAAAGUGAUCAAAGUUUUUGUUUGUACUUUCUCUGUGUUUGUGGCACCCUGAGAUCCCGGUGCAGCUGAGGCAGCAUGUGUGCCGCUCCUGUCACUGCAUAUGGGGACAAUCUAGGGUACUUAUAGUAAAUGUGACUGUGUGUGUGUGUGUGUGUGUGUGUGUGUGUGUGUGUGUGUGUGUUGAGGGGGAGUUCCUUGAUUGUAAAUGAAGCCUAUAAUGACCAAUCUAGUUUAAUGCUGCCUGCUCUUUUAUGUUUACUUCAGCAGGAGCGGAUCGCUCAGCUAAUGUAACAGCAGCAGAGAGAGACGAGCUUUGAUGAUGAUGAUGAUGAUGAUGAUGAUGAUGUUAAUGAUGAUGAGGAUUACGUGUGUUUGUGUGUGUUUACAUGUGCGAGCAGAACGUUACAGGUCCUGAGGAAGACGCUGAAGCACGCCUUCUCUGGCUGCACCGUCAUCCUGUCUGAACACAGAGUGGAGCCCCUGCUGGAGUGUCAAUCAUUCCUGGUGAGUUACGGAUUAUAUUUUGGAUUAUACCUGUGCUCUCCGGGAUGAUUCAGACAGAAUAUGGGUGCUGGAACUUUUGUUGGCGGUGGUGAUGUUUCAGUGUGGGUCUGCGUCUGUGUGUUGGAUUGUUUGAGCCAUGAGGGUUUGUGUUGGGACAAGCAGCGAGCGUGACAGCAGCAUAGGGGAAGUGACCUCAACGAUACUUUAACCAGGACGAGGACAAACCUGCGUAUUUAUAUGUCUGGUAUAUGAAGAUAUAAGAGUUUUUUGUGGAGUAAAUCCUGCAGAAAACAGCUGUGGGUGAUGUAGAAAUGGUGUUAUCUUAUUUGUCCAGCAGAGGGCACUGUGAAUCAGUAGUUUGGAGUCCUCCCAGCACUUCUCUGACGUUAAUAAUUUAUAUCAAAGCUGACUAACCGAUUAGUCUACAGGAAAGAAAAAAUGCAGUUUAUUUAAAGGGAUAUUCUGGCAUAAAUUUAAGUAAUGGUCAAACGCACCAUAACACCAAGUAAGACACCCCCCUUUGUAAGAUAAAUGUUGCCGACCGCUUGCUCCUCUAGUUAUACCAACGUUUGUAAAGACCGCACAAUAGCAAUACACAACGCUCUAUGUCUCCACAUGCAAACCUCAACCCAAAAGACACUCUAUAGCCACAAAUAAUGCUCAGAACAGCACCUAACUUCAUCAACAGGACAUAUAGGGUCCCAGCCAUAGUACUAGCCAUCAAACAUCUUUUUAGCUUCGCCUGGCAGAGUGCAGCGAAAAAUUUCUGAUUAUUACUUAACGGAAAAGCAAUUAGACCAAGAAGCUAAGGCAGAACUACUGCGUCUGCAGUGCACAUACAAGAUACACAAGAACUCUGAUUGCAUUUUCAUGAAAGUAAUAAUCGGAAAUGUUCUUCCUUGAGCUGCGAAACUCCGUUGCACUCUGUGAUUGACUCGUCAGGGCUCCCUCCACAAACAAGCAGCUGCUGGAGGAGAGUGGGUGAGUUGUGUUUAGUCUCUUUGCUAAAGAAAACAGGCAAAGAUAAAAAGAUGUUUGAUGGCUAGUACUAUGGUUGGGAUAUCAGCUGUUGUUAUGGAUGAUAAAGGAGAAAAAGAAAACUAUUUCUAAGAAACUGAAGACAGAAUGAACAUCAUUCAACUAACUAACCUGGAGAUUAGUCAGCUCGGUUUGGAGAUUUUUGCUUUUUUGAAAUCUAUUUCAGACCAAGCACCACAGCAAGCAAACUCCGCUCUGGUGAAGGGACCUCAACCCACAUGUUUUCAAAACUUCUAACAAACUUAAACACAUAUUAAGAGACGAUUUAAUACAGUUUAAAUAUGGUUCCAACAGACCGAAACUUAACCUGCCGUCACAUCUCUGUUUCCUCUGAAAUUGUCCUCUUAUAUAAGAUUUCUGCAGUUUCAUAUUACUGAUAACACAACGAUGCAGUCUGUACCACACACACACACACACACACACACACGCACACACACACACACACGUUGUUCGUUGGUGGGCUGUGGUUGUAAAGUGGACCUAAUGUUGCUCAGCACUGAGGAAGGUUCACUUUGAUCUGUGCAAUCCCCCCCAUGAUUAUUUAUCUUCCUCUUGAUAAGUUUUUGCUGCUUUACUUUAAUCUGAAAAACACCAUAAAUUCAAGAAAACACAAAAUCUGAACUCAUCUCACAAACUUCUCCACCCUCUCCUUCCUGCAGAUGAUCGAGGGCAGCUCCAUGAAGAGCUACGACUCCAUCCAGAAGCUUCUGAAUGAGACGAGUCACCUGAAACAGGCCAUGAGCCCUGCUGACCGGCUCCGCCUCUUCCCCAACCUUCACCGCCUGAACUCCAGCAAGAGAGCGCCGCAGCAGGCCGCCAAGAUCACAUCCCUGCCGGAGGAAGCCGAGGACGAAGUCCAGGACACUCGCCUCUAACCGGCCAGACACACACUAACAUGUAACAAACACAGACAAGAACAGCAUUCACUUCUAUGUUUUAACGCUUCAAAAACUUUCAAAAACGGAGCCACCUUCAACCAUAAUUAUCUUUACAAUUCACUAAAAACCUUGGCCAAGAUGUCAAAGCAACCCUCAUACAGACACGGCCAAUCAAACUGAAGUAAAUUACCUUUAAAGACACGAGCAGGGGGAUGACACAAAGAGCUGACACGAUUCAAAAAACGCACAUUUGCUGCUACUCAUGACAUUUAUUACCAGAAAUUUACAGUUAGUGAAGGAUGCUUAGCACACUUUCAUUAAAAAGUCAUGUUUUUAAUUGUUUGCAUGUUGACAGACCCAGUGGUUAAACCUUAGAUAAGUUAAAUUUUAAAGCAUAUGACGUUCAUGAGCUGCAGGAGAAAAGAAGAAAAGAAUUCUGUUUUUAUCCCCAAAGAAAAAAAGAAUUCUGUCUUUAUAUCUCAGAAUUCUCAAUACUUAAAACAUUUCUAUUUUCAGAAUUCUGGGAAAAAUGUCAAUAUCCUGAGAAAAAAAAAUAUACACACACACUUUUUGAUAGUGGCCCUAAUCCUCUUCCAUACAAAAGCCUCCUUAAUAAAAUAAAUAAUGACAAAUUCUGGUGCAAAUAUCGGUAUUAGCACAUCCUAGAAAGCAUAAACAUAGAUUUUAAAUGUCAAACUGAAAGAAAUGUUAAAGUCUGUAAGCCUUACAGGACACACACACAAACAACCACACACAUUUAAAGGGACAGUGGAGCUGUUGGCUGGCACAUUUAACCAGAUCUGACUCAAAAAACUCUAAUUUUUCUAUCUGAAUGCACUUUAGAAACAGCCUGAGGUACUCAUCAGCUUGCAAAGCGAGGAAAAGUCAAAUGAUUGAAUGCUGUACAGGUGUUUUUUUUCUUUUUUCUUUUUAAUUUCUCCAUAAAAUCAAGUAUAGGUUCAGUAGAGUCAUAACAAAUAAUCUUUUUUACCUUAAAUGUUCUGUCUCUGUUUCUUGAUGAAUUUUUAAAAAAGCCAGUAAUUCAUCAAAAACAGGAUUUUCCGGAGUAGUGCGAAUACUAAACAUGUUCUUUUUUUUUAACAGUUUUCCAUGUUGUAUCUUUACUUCCCUCAGAAACUGGAAACCAUUUUAACUCUCUCUCUCUAAUUCACUUUAUUUUCUUUGGGUGAGGGAAACGUGUGUUGCUUCUUUCAUACUGAACAAUAGUUUUGUAAAGCAGUGAUGCAGAAAUUUAAGGUACUGUGGAGAAAUGCCUCGAUAUCUUAACUGUGAUGAAUUUUUUUUACAAAGUAAAUUAAGAAGAAAGCUGUUUCUUACUCAUAGGAAAGGGACGCAGAUGUCCAAAAAAUGUAUAAAUGUAUUUGUUCAAUCAUCUAUAUUUCCAGUAAAACUAAAGAUUUUGAGAAUUUCAGCGUGCUUGUGUCAUUUGUUACUAAAUAAUUGGGUUUUUAAUCUGUGCUAAAUAAACAAAUACAAUACAAAUACCAAUCAGUUAGGGCUGGGCGAUAUGGCCUCAAUUCAAUAUCACAAUAUAUUUACGUUGAUAACAAUAAAUGGACGAGAACUUCUCCACAAGCCGCUCACCCCCUCCCACAUUAACUUUGUCUACUUCAGCUGCUACAACUUUUGAACCGUCCUCCAUCUCCUCACCUGUCUUGAUGGGGUGGAGUCACAUCUCUGACAUAGGACAGCGUCUUAAAGGGACAUGAAUUUCAAACGUAUUUAAAUAAAAUAAAUAUAAUAUUAAAAAAAUAAUAUUGAAAAAUAAAAAUAUCAAAAAUAUUUUAAAAAAAUUAAAUAUUGAAAUUUCCCUUCAGGGAUGAAUAAAGUUAUUUUUAUUCUAAUGAGCCUACCUACACACAUCCAAAAUCAACUUUUAUUUAUAUACAUUUUUGACACCAAAUAUAUUGACAUGGGCAAAAUGAAGUUGGUUAUUGUCCUAAAUUUUGGUAUCAGUAAAUUUUCGGUGUAUCGUCCAGCCCUAUAGUUAGUCCAGGCAGGUCACAUGGUCAAGCUCCUUAGUAUUCCAUGUAAGCACAUGGAGGGACAGGGAGCUCUCCGAACAGAGGUGCAUGAAAAUAGUUCAUGCUGACUAAAGUAGUCCUGUCUUCGAUCGUCUUUUGGGACUUGUUGAAGUCCUGUGGUUCAUCAAAAAUCAACAAAUCCAGAAGAAAAGAAACAGAAAGAGUCAGAAUGGGAUUUUUAUCAGUGUCAUUUUUAAUGUUUGUGCUUGAAAGACAAUUCUUUAAACUUCAAACAGCUAUCGUACAGAUCAAAAUCAUAGGUUGACUAAAAUCUCUCCUGUACAUAUGUAUAGAUAUAUUUAUAUUUAUAUAUAAACAAUGUCCGCUUGUAACAACACUUGUCCUUUCAAAGUAAAGACAUAGAAGAAACACAGUGAUAAUGGAAAGCAAAAUAGAGAGAGAGAGAGAGGAUGAGUGACUCCUUCAGGCUCAGCUGGGGUUGAAUUGAACAUGACUCAGGUGGGUCAAAGGUGGGCUCUAAAGUAUUUAUUAUGGCUUACAGUUGAUUGAGGACAUCCUGUGUUUAUACAGUUCUAUUACUUAUUGCCACAGCGCCUUCACUUUGAAACAAGUGACGGGUUCAGAACCAAACUAGUUUUACAAACACUAUGUACAAGUUCUCUUUUUUUUUCAGCAGUUUCUGGUUAAGGUUUCAUCACUGUACAAGCGUCAUAACCACGUACACCAAUCUAUAGAGCAUUUAAACUUACUAAUUCUUAUUUACAAAUAUAUUUGGUAAAACCCUGAUUAAUUUCAACAGUAUUUAAACCAACCUUGCAACUAUUUAAAGAUUAAACACUUGAAUAUCUCAAAAUACUUAAUAGCAAAAACAACAAAAAGAAAAAAAAAAACAGAAAAUAAAACCUGCUCGUCUCUUUCUUUGAUCCAGAAACACUUUUCACUGGAAGGUAACACCUGUAAGUACCUUCAGUUACUCUUCAAUGGCCUUAUACCAGAAGGAUGAGGACAGUAUUUCACUUUAAGUUAAUGCAAACACUGUGCCAGUGCUGACUCUGAGGCAGUUUCAACCACUUUAUACUGUUUUUUUCAUCAACUCUGACACGCUUUCUUGUCCACUGAACACAUAGACUGUAUAUACUCUGGACGACUUGGCCCCGCCUUCCAUCAUUACACAAAUCUAAAGCCAAACUGCUCUCCGUAUUUCCAGGAUUUCCUCCACUUCCUGGAACCACCACUUGCGAAUUAGUGUUGUACGCAUUCGGCGGGAGAGUCACAGACGAGCCCUCGGAUGAUCUACCCAAUCUUUGUACAGCUAUAGGCUGUAUCAACUGUCAAUCAGAGAAAACAUGAACCCCUAAUAACUUAAAAAUGGAGCUGCACAGAAAAAGGGGACUACACAUCAACAUCGCAACCAGGGGUAGGGCUGGGCGAUAUGGCCUCAAAUCAAUAUCACGAUAUAUUGAUCAGUUCACCUCAAUAACGAUAAAUGGACGAUAACUACUCCACAAGCUGCUCACCCCCUCCCACAUCAACUUCGUCUACUUCAGCCGCUACAACUCCUCACUCGUCUUUCGCUCUUUGUUACGAACUGGAUGAGGUGGAGUAGCAUCUCCAACCUACACACAUCCAAAACCAACUUUCAUUUAUCUUUUUAACACCAAAUAUAUUAUAUAAUAUAUUGACUUGGGCAAACAACAUUGGUUAUUGUUGUAAAUUUUGAUAUCGGUAAAUUUUCGGUUUAUCACCCAGCCCUAACCAGGGGGAGAACAAUUUAUUUUCUGUGUAAUUAAUUUCCAAAGUUUGUCCACAGCUCCUUUUAAGUUUGCUCGAUUUUUGACCUAUACUGCAGCCCGUCACCAGUGGGUGCUGUUCUCGCGGAGGCUUCACGACGUCCGUUCUAUACACAGUCUAUGUUUGAACACUGUCGGGUUAAAACGCUGGAAUAAGGCGACAGGAAAGUAACCUGCUGCAUUACCUUCUGUCUUUUUUUCCCCACGUUAAUUCUCACCAAAACCAAACAAUCAAAUACUUCAAAUACUGUAAUAGAAUAAAACUAUGGUCCCCAAGUACACAACUGCAGUACAGUGUAACAAGUACAGAUAACAAGUACAAAUACUAAGAGUCAAAGGUCGUCAGGUACCUAGUCUUUACAUCAUGGAGGGAGGUUUCACAGCGGAAUUAUGGGAAAGAAAGGGGAGGGGGCUGAGGGAGGAGAUUAUUAUUUGUUGUUGUUGUUUUCAUGCAGAUCUCUGUGGAGGAUCCAGAUGUCCUCGUGUGAUUGGUUGUUGUCAUUGAUGCUGUUGCGGUAGUAGUUGUUGUUGCUGCUGCCGGAUGGGGGGGCCUGCUUUGUUCUGCUGCUGCUGCUGCUGUUGUUGGUUGAGGAUCUGCCGCGGCUCGGGGGCGUCUGGGUUCGGCAGGGGCUUCUGCUGCUGCUGCUGCUGUUGUUGUUGCUGCUGGUGGCAGCAGGAGAAGCUCGUGUCUGCUGCCCCCUGCUGCUCGGGACAGGGAGCUGCGAUUUGGCGCGGGAGCUGGGACGUCGAUCGCUGCUUUGGACGGCUGCUUGGCUGGAGCUGCGGACGGACUGAUUGGUCUGUGGAAAGAAAUGAGACAUAGGUGAGCGAAAGUCAAUUUGAUCACUACCAUACACACUUCCCAUAUAUACUGUAUUUUUCGCACUUAACAUCCUUUUGGCUUGUCGGAGCACUGCAGCUACUCUAGCUUCGCGGAGUUAUUGAAUGAGUUCAAUAAAGUUUGACUUAUCUGACUGUUUUGUUUGGCUUAAUGCGCUUUAUAAUCUGGUGCGCCUUAUGUAUAAAAAGAGACGUGUUCAUUAAUGGUGCGACUUGUAAUCAGGUGCGCCUUAUGGUGCGAAAAAUACGGUAUGUUGUCACUGAUGCCUGCGCUACUCUGUGCUGCAUGUCUUUGCUGCUGCUCUCCCUGCCUUGGCUUUUCAUGUACGCAGAUAAGAAUAAUAAGAACAUGAAUAAGAAGAACUUAAUUGAUCGCGGGAGGGAAAUUUAAAUAAAUAAAAUUUAAAAAAAAUUAAAAAAUAAAAUAAAUAAUUAAUUAUAAAAGUUAAAUUAAAAAUAAUUAUAAAAAAAUGCAAUAUAAAAAUAAAAUAAAAUAAAAAUAAAAAAAUAAAAUUCAAAUGAUCAUUUCUAUUAUAAAUCAACUUCACCAUUUUCCUGAAGCUCCAUAAUUUACUGUAGCAAGGUAACAACAAAGUUUAAAAGGCUGUCCGGCUAGCUCACAGAGUUGAUAAGCUAAACCCUGACUACAAUCAAACCUGCGCAGUCCUGACACUACAAACACGCACGGGUUAUUUAUAUGUGAGGUAACACGACCUGAACCACAGACACAUUAUUAGGAGUUUCCAAAACAAACACAAACAUUCAUUUCAAAUCUGAGUCACCACUUUGUGGUUCCUAAUGGAGCGAUAAUGACAGUAGAUUAGAGGAGAGUGUUUUUUUUUUUUCAGAGCACAAAAGAAAUCAUGAAAAAUAGCUGCUGAAAACAAAAAAACAAGUUCAGCAGGAGAAAUGAUUUAUGCAGUCUUUAUGUCAGACCACACUUAUUUAGGUACAUAGAAUUAUUAUUCACUUAUACGCUGAGCGACCAGUUGUUCAUUUGAUACUGGAAUAUUUCCUCAUCUUACCGUCUGUGGUUGCUGCUGGAUGGCGGUUUCCUGCUUGGCCUGGCAGGGGGGCGUGGCUUCACUGGGAGAGCUGGAGAACAGGAUCAGGUCGUCUUUGGCUCGAGAGAUCUACAGAAAGCGCAAACGUGAGUGAUGGCGGAGCCUGUGGAGAAUCUGUUCGCAUAUGAGAGGUGGGAGACACAUCAUAGUGAACCCUCCUUUGAAUGCCAAACUAAUACUUUAGUCUGAGUUAAAUUUAUAACAACACUAACGCUUCAUCUUUAAACUGACUUUACAUCUUUAGUAAGGUGGAAACAAACUUCAGGAAUAAGUUUCAACAGCUCAGGAGGUACUUGAAGGUCGGAAUCAUUAUGAUUAUGACUGCGCAGUGACUCACAUACAAGAACAAGACAGUCUAAAUUUAGAGGAAUGACUGCGAUGAAUUAGAGUUGAGCAUGAGUCAAAACAGUGAGGUCAAAGCAGAACGUCAGAGAGAGGCAUCUGAUCACAUCAUUGUUUUCUGAGAAGGUUUAUCUUAAACUCUGGAGACAGAGGAACACGCUGGAAGUCAGAGACCUGUCUUUUUUAUUGAUAUAAGAAUGAAGGGGAACUGGAUAUAGUACAUUUACAAUAAAAUGGGAUCUAUAAAGACCCCCUUUAGUUGUUCCUGUCUCGUACUGAGUAAACGGACUCGCUGUACCUUGCUGAUGUCGGGCUCAGACUUGCUGGAGCACAUGGUCUGCAGCUCUCUGAUCAGAUCGGUCUCGUCGUCAGAGAACACGCUCAUACCAACAGGCUCCCUGCAGACACAAAUACGACACAGUUAGAGUCCAGAUUGAGCUUUUAAUACAGAGUUCUACUUCCUUGACUGUUUGCAGAAUCUGUAUCUAAGCAAUAGAACUGAGACAAAUCAUUGAUCUUUGAUUUUUAGUUACUAUGAGAAAAAAAAUUGAAUCAGUAAACUUUUUUUUAUUGCUUAAAAUUCUUCUUCUUUAAUUUACUUAGAAAGUUUCCAUGUCCUUUCUCCAAAACAAUCGCAAUGAUAAAAGUAAAACCAGCUUUCAUGUAUUUUUAAAAAAGUUUGAUUGAUGAAAAUGUUGAAUUAUGAAGUGUUUUUUGUUUUUUUAUCCAUAUACCCUAGUUUAUAUUUAAGAAGGGUCCACACUGAACAAACACUUCUACCUCCUACAGGUGAAACUAUCACCAACCUUUGGACUUUGCCGUUGGGGAUGAAACUGACAUCAGUGCUGGACAGAGAACCUGCAACAGAAAAGUUUGAUGAACUAGAGUUGUCUAAAUCCGAUCUAAUCCACUUUAUUUAUCUUACACAUUUAAAAAAAUCAAUCAAGUUUAGCAAAGUGCUUCACAGUGCAGUAGAAUAAGUUAAAACACACGGAACAUAGAUGGUCAUCUGAGAAUAAAAAAGAAUUUAAAAAAAGAAAUCAUAAUAAAACCACAUAAAAACACUUUAAAAGAUAAAUAAUGGAGAAAUAAAAUAGAAUACAAACUACAAAGGUAAACCAUGAGGAUCCUUAUUCUUAAUUUAAGUCAAAAGAAGACUGCUUUUCAAUAAGAGUGUGUGUUAGCCUGUUAAACAACGCCCCCUUGUGGACAGAGGAUGCCCUCAUUCUGUUCGCUCCAUACUUGAGGCUAAAGAGUAAAAUUGAACCUGAAUCAAAGAAAAUGUUUUCGUGUGGCUGAUCAAAUCAAAUCUCUGCUCCACCCUCUGUUUUCUCACCCUCUCUGAAGGAGCCGCCGCUGCUCCAAUUUAAGGCGGGGCUUCCUUUCUUCCGAGGGCUGGUAUUGGAUCGUCUCAGCUUCCCACCGUCCCGUCCUCUCCUCCCUCCUCCACCUCCGCCUCCACCGUUUCCUCUGUAGGAGCUGAUGGCUGACAGAGGGAAGGCCCCGCCCCUAAACUCCAGCAGGUACCUGUCAAUCUCUGCGGGAAACGAGAGAAAAAUCAACAUUUAAUCAGGAGAUUUAUUCUAAGUUUUACAGCCUAAUGUCACAUCAGUUAAUGAAGCACACCAACACACACCGUGUCGAGGCAGAGGGCAUCCUGGGAGUACAGCCUUGUUGACCAGGAUGCUGAGGGCGGCCUUCACUACAGCCUGCUGCCCGGCACUCAGCCCACAGUUGCUAGGAGACGGUCUCUGUGAGGACGGUGACGAAGGAGAGGAGGAGGAAGAGGAACGCUUGGCUGUUACCCGGGAGAUGAUGGCUUCUUCCACACGAGGGACGACCACGGCGUUCCAGAGCCGAGACAGCCACCUAAACAAACACACACGGAUUUAAGUCAUGGCAUUUGCUGCUUUUCCUGCUGCUAUGACAACAUCAUCAGCCAAUCAGAAAUCAUCUUUUUAACAUCAUGAUUCACACCUGACAACUGCCACGGUGUUGUUUUGGACUACAGGACAGGACAGGAAGAGCUGCGGGCCCAGCAAAGCCUCAUGGGUACCGAGGCGGGACAAACAGGCGUUAAGCUGCUGCCAAACCUGGGUCACCCACAACACCGACUGCUCCGUGACGCUUUCAGGUGACCAGACUUCCAUCCCCGUCUGUGGGAGAGGUAGACGCUAAGGUAUAAAAAAACUACAUCCUCUUCAGAUUCUUAUUCAACAGUACUACACCUCUCUCUGACCUUAUGAAGCAGCUUCCGGCGGAGGUGCCGUCCCAGCAUGCCAUGCAGCGGCUCCUGGUCCCAGCGGAGCGUCACCCAGCGGAAAUGCUGCUGGAGGCGGAGCUCUGACCCCUGCAGGCGGGGCUUCGACAGCGUGGCAAUCAGGAAGCUGCUGUCACAGAAAUGGUGGGGACCUGAGGGAGGAACAAGGGCAGGGAGAGAGGACCGAGUGAAGGAGAGUCGAGAAUGAGAUGACUCAGGAUGUCAAAAGUUUCAUCAUAUAGAGACGGUUCUCCAAAGUCCAGUACACACAUACGAGAUGUUACCAAAAAGGCAUUUUAUCAUUUGAAGAACAUCUCCAGAGUGCGCCAGUUUGUCUCUCAAGCCAAUGCAGAGACUCUUCUUCAUGCUGUUAUCACCUGUAGAAUUGACUAUUGCAACGCUCUCCUCCCUGGACUUCCUAAAAAGAACAUUUCACAUCUUCACGCAUGCUGACGAAGACCAGGAAGAGAGAUCACAUCACUCCAAUCUUAAAAUCUCUGCGUUGGUUACCUGUGUCUUUUAGAGUAGAUUUAAGGUUCUUUUAUUAGUUUGUAAAGCUCUUCAUGGUCUUGGUCCUUCUUAUUUGCAGAUUAGAGCCCUCAGGUCUUCAGGUCUUUUAAUUGUUCCCAAAGUAAAAACUAAAACAUACGGGGAAUCAUCGUUCCAACAUUACGGUCCCCAUCUGUGGAACAGCCUACCUGCAGACCUGAGAGCGACACCUACUGUUCAUAUUUUUAAAAGUCAACUAAACACCGACCUUUUUAGUCUGGCUUUUAGUUAAAUUUUGUUUAAAUCUCUUAAUCUGCAUUACGUGAUUGUACUUUUUACCCAAUUCUAUGUUUAAUCACCUCUUUUUUGAUUUACUUUCUUUUAUUGUUUGAUUUGUAGACUGUUUUAUUUAUUUAACUUUUAACGCUUUAUCACCUUUAUUAUAUUUUAUCAUGGUUUAAUCGUUUUAGUCCUUGAUCCAGCGUUUCCUCAGACAUCUGUGGUGAGUUGAAGAGUCCUCACCUGGUCUUUUGCGUACGUAUCUGUGUGUGUGAGUGCUGUAUGUGUUGAAUGAGGGCUGGGAGGGUGGGUGGGGUUUAGUAUUUGUAUUUUUAUUUAUUCAUUUUAUUGUUUUUAAUAUCCUGCUUGAAUGGACAGAACUUUGUGCUACAUUAUAUGUAUGAAAAGUGCUUUAAAAAUAAAGUUUGAUUGAUUGAUUGAUUUAACAUGACAAGCUGAUCUUAAAGUGCAUACAAAUGAUGUUUCAGUUAAGAGAGGAGAUUUUCUGGUUUAUUUAAAGGAUUGUGAUUUAUUAACAGCUGACAACAUGAAUAAAAAAAGUUCUACUGUACAUGUCAAGUUUUUUUUUAAACAAACAGACUUUAAAGUGUGAAUUUAAAUAAGAUUACAGGUCCAAGUCUGGCUGCAGCGACUCUCACCCGUGUUGAGAAGCAGCGGUGACGCAGAGCUUCGGUUGUCUAGACUGUGGCAGAGGUCUCCCAGUAGACCUGUUAGAGACGCAGCUUUCUCCAGUCCCUCUAGCAGCACAACCACACAGUGAGAGCCUCGCACAUCCACCCCCGACCCCACUGCUGGCACCAGAAAACCUGGAAUUACAUCAAAAUGAAAACUUAUAAGAGUGUCAACACCUAUAUAUGGAUGUAUUGUAUUUAUUAUGGAUGUUUUAUUGUCCCUGAAUCCAAUACAUGCUUCCACUCUUCUCUUAAAAAACCCAAUAAGACUGUGUUUCUUUAACUUGUGUUACCUGGCAACCGUGACUAGGAGGGGGGGCUUUGGAUUGACCAGGUUCGGGUUGGUUUCAGCUCAAAAUGUGUGAAUGAAUACUACUAAAAAAAAUCCCAGAGCAGCUGCUGUGUAAGCCUGCAGUAUGUUCAGUUGGCUGUAUGGUUGUCUCUGUCAGUGUGUGUUUGGAUCCUGGGUACAUGUGUUAGUGUGUGUGUGUGUGUGUCCCUACCACAGGUGAUGAAGGUGUCCAGCAGCUGCUCUUUACACAGGCUCUCCUCCACCUCCACCCGCACCACGUCACAACCGAGCCCUGCAGCCUCCUGCUUUGACUGGAGAAAAGGGAGGAGAGAGAGAGAGGAGGGAGAUGAUGAGCAAAGAGAGAGGCAAGACGGGAGCACGUCGUCAUGGAAACAAAAAGAAAUCUACUACUACUAUGCGCCGAGAGAAAUGGAGCAAGAGCAGAAUUUGAAUGAGCAGAAAGGGCUUUUCCAGGCGCGUCGCUGCCACCGAGAAUACAGAGAGGCUGCAGUGGAUGGAGACG